AGUACCGUUAGCUGAAGGCUACGCGUACUACGCCGCCAUUUUAAAAGUUCACCUUUUUUGGCAAUAUCUUUUUAAAUACCCUUUUUGGGUACAGUUUAAGUGUUUAAUGUAGUAGGUAAUAUGGCGAUACCUAAGCUGGACUUAGAUUUGUUUGAGGGAAACAUCCUCGAUUCGUGUUGGAAAGUGGGAGGCCGAUGCCGCAAGUCCCAUUCAUCGGCCUUUGCACAAUUCGAUCGGAAUGAGAUCGCCGCUGUGGAUAUUGUCGCUUGUUGCAAGCAAAUCACUAAUUUAAUAGAAGAAAACUCAUUUAGAGGCCGCCGAUCAGAUCUAUUGGCAACAAGGAAGAAGCGAAAUGUUAGUUUCAAGGAUCUUUCGCGCUUGGCAUACGGCGCAACCAAUAUUUAUAGAUGCCAGGUGGACAUACUUUUAGGGGAUACCAUGCUUUUGAUGGAGCAAAUGAAACGUACCAACAUGGAUUUGGUUCUUACAACCACGAAAUCUGUAAUGGUUAAGGAAUCAGGGAUUGGAACCCAACGCAAACGGAAGCGCGUGAUUACCAAGAAAUCAAAGGUCACCGUCUCCAAACGUCCCAGAUUGCAGGAGUCGGAGCUUCUGAACAAAUCCACUCAGGAGUAUUACGAAAAUAUACUAUCAGAAUGUCGUUUGUGGCAAUCAGAGUACACACAACAGGUGGAAGAGGAGUUAGACGAGUCCAUUGAACCACCCAGAAGCUGUACACAAUCGAACUCAUAUCAUGCCAUUACCAUUACUGAAGAAAUUCAAAUUCACGAAGAUCAGAGCCAUAUUAUGCCAUCUGAUGGUUUUGGCGACGGAGAAGACUUGGAUUUAACCAUUUUCCAAGAACUUUUUCCCAAAGGCGAUCAAACGAGAACCUUAAAGCGGCGCUCAGAAACCCAAGAUUCAACUGACAUUUUACCAGAUAAAAUGCCGAGAUUGGAUGAAAUGGACGUUUUCCAAGCUGACAAUGCUAUUAUGACCCAAAUCUUUCCGCAUAACAUUGAGCCAGCCGACAUAUCUCAAAUAUGCUGCGAACCAUCGGUCCAGUAUGUUUUGGAGAAUUUUGAAGAAAUCACGUACAGCAAGCCCAAAAAUCCUCGCAAAAGAAAACUGAUAGUAGACAAGCGUAUUGAAUACACUAGAGAACAACUGGCAAAGCAAAGACUUAAAUAUAUGAAUGAUUAUUCGUCUAGAGAGGUUAUUGUAAAAAAGCCAUCCAAACAACUAAAAACACCGAACGAACUUUUAUGUAAACUGAAUAACAAUUUAUUUUGUUCAGCUAUUAAUAAUUACAUCGGCAUUAACUCAAGUGAAGAUCAAAUGCAAGACGAGUCUGAAAAUACAUUGAGAACCAUAUUUGGCAGCGAAUUUACAGAGACGCUUUCCAAGGAAAUCUUUGCUCAGCUAGCUGACAAGAUAAGUUCAAGAAAUAUAGACGCAUAUAUAAAUCAACCUAUUCCCCUCGAAAUGGAAGACAUCUUACUAACUCCUGAGCCACCUAGCAACGUAAUUGGUAACGAUCUACCAAUCAAUAAUAACAAUUUCUACGAACACAGUAUAUUAUGUCAGAGUAAUAGUUUUGAUACUUAUAGCGUAAUGAUGGAUCUUUUAAACAUUUGGCGUAAUAGUCCAGAAAUCACUGGAAUCAAUGCCAAUGAUUUCAUCAAAUCUUUUGUUGAUCGCAUCAAGGCUUCGCUAGCUUUUCUUCAUUUGUUGUAUCUAAUCCGCGGCAGGUUCAUAGAGAUUUCAAAGCGAGCUAACUCCCUUGAAAUGGACCAAAUUACUCUGGGCAAAGAGUCCGCAAAGCUCAUAGAAAAUCUUACGCAAGGCGAGACUUUCUAAACAUUUUUUAAAGAGUCUACAAGACUUUAAACUAUGGUUUUCAUGGCUAUCGCCACAAUUUUGUAGUUGUUAGUUCAGUCAAUAGUGCCUUCAAAAUGUAGCAUUCUGUUAUCGUUAUGAGUAUAAGCUAAAAUGAGCAAAAGUGGCAAUCCUUUAAGAAGCGGUCUUAAACUAUUCAUUACCAUCUUGUUAUUGUUAAAUCGGGCAAGGAUGCCCAAGUCAAAUCGUUUAUCUUUUCCUUGUCGAUGAAAUACUGUCCAGUUUCACUGUACUCAUUAAAACUCGUGUAAAUAUUUUUGUUACUAUUA